GACGAAAGCGUAAUCGGCAGCCGCCGCUCGCGGGGGCUCUGUUCUGAGCGCGAGGAGGAAGGAGAGCGAAGGGGGGUGUUGGAGGUGCGCGUGCUCGCUCUCCCUUCAAAGGUCCGUUCCCUGGAUCUGUCGGGCGCGAGAAGAGCGGGAGGACACGCUCGAGGGGCUUCGCUGUCAGGGGCGCGCGCGCCUAUUAGCAUCUGCCCGGCGCCAGGAAGAAACCCCCUGACUUGCCGGGGACUAAGCCGGGGCAAGGCAAGAGACGACAGGAGGAAGAGGAAAAGACCGACGCAACCACCUGGAAGGUGGGACUAGACGUUCUCCCGCCAAUCCCGAGCAAGCGGAGGAAAGACGCCAGCCAACCAGGGCAGCGCUUCUGGGAGCCACCACACCAAUCGGAGGAGCGGCAGUCGCGGCCGAAGCCGGAGCAGCGCGCCAAUCGCGGGCUAGCCAGCACCAGAGAGCGCGGAGUCGGGGAUGUCCUACAAGCCUAUCGCGCCUGCCCCCACCAGCUCCGGAGCCGCCGGCACCAGCAGUAGCAGCGCCAGCCCCGCCCCCGGAGCCCCGCCGGUCGCAACCAGUGUCCCAUCUCCUUCUGGAUCUGCACCUGGAGCUUCUGCCCCAUUCCGGCCUCUCUUCAACGAUUUUGGGCCCCCAUCAAUGGGCUACGUGCAGGCUAUGAAGCCACCAGGUGCCCAAGGCUCACAGAGCACAUACACAGACUUGCUUUCUGUCAUUGAGGAGAUGGGCAAGGAAAUCCGACCUACCUAUGCAGGCAGUAAGAGCGCUAUGGAGAGGCUGAAAAGAGGGAUUAUUCAUGCCCGGGCACUGGUAAGAGAGUGUCUGGCAGAAACAGAGCGUAAUGCCCGUACGUAACAGUUGCUUCCUCCUGGCAUUUCCUCCAGAGGACCCUGGCACUUUCCUGCCAACCAGCAUUUUGGAAUCUGCAAGUUUUCCUCCUGCCCCUUCAAUCCUUUCCACCAAUCAAUGUCUCAAGUCCUAGAACUAUAAUCACCUUCAAGGACUUUAUACCAAUCAGCAUCUGAGAAUCUCAGGCUUCUGCUCUGCAUCACCAAUUGGCUUUCUGGGAACAUAUGCAGAGAAAAAUUAUUGCACACACCUUUCGGUCAACCCGUGGGGAGGGUGAAAUGACCGGUGACAAGUCUUAUAUCUUUAUAGAAUGCGUGGGUUCGGGGUUUUUUUUAUAAUAAAAGGAAAGCUGUGGCAUUUGGAUUAUUUCUUCUUCACUGUGGUUUUCUAGUAUCUUUUUCAUGUGGUGUGGAAGGAAAUGUUCUCUUCCUCCUAAGACAUUAUCAGGGGUCUGCAGUGCAAGACAUAUUUCCUUAAUACAGCACAAGGCCCUUGCUGCCACUUGUAAUGGAAAUUCAACCAACAGUCACUGAAUCUGCUUUGGAAAACUUGUAAUAAAAUAUUUCUACUCUUAAAUAA